AUGAAAAUGCUGUGCCAACCAGUGGGCGCUUUUAAGGGCCAAACAAUGAAAACACAUCUUUGAUAUUAACAAUUAGGCCAAUGAUGUUUAAACAGUGCGUUAAAAGCAUGCUUAUGCGUUUGGCACGAUCAUUUUCGCUGUCGCUCGCCGGUAGCUUCGCGUUCUCCGGGUAAAUGUUGUUCACCGGCCUUCCGCGUUUUCCUGCGGCUCUGCGCAGUGACGUGUCGCGCUGUGGCGGAGCAGCGCGUCUGUAGCGCGUCUGUCUGCGGAGCUCCGCCCUCCCUGCGCACUCCGCGGCCCGCCCAGCGCCCGCUAACUCCCGCUCCAGCCCUGCCCGAGUCUGGGGGAAUCCGACGGCCUGCCUGCCUGCCUGGGGAAAAUCUGGAGGCCGCCCCGCGCUUCGAUCUACGUUCUUGUGCUAUAAAGGCUCCAUUCUGUGUUUACUUUUUAUGAAGUUGUGCCGUGGCCAAUGAAGAAUAAAGACGAUGGAUGAGGAGGUGACCAGGCUUGCUCUCCGUUCCCAAGAGCCAAAGAUUAUACUGCAUGGCUCAGAUGAGGGAGGUGCAGGGGAGGAGGAGUAUGUGGUGGAGCUGCAGGAGACGGUGCUGGUGUCAGAGGUGGAGGGAGAGGCCGUGUCUGUCCAGGGCUUCUCCUCCGACGAGCUCGUCAUCCAGGACGCAGUGGAGGACGUGGUCGCCGAGUACGUGCACUGCGACGACGACGAGGGCGUUGCCAUGGAGACCUGCGUGAUGUCACUGGAGGGUGAGGAGGAAGAGGAGGACAGCGUUGCCAUGGCAGAGAUGACGGAGGGGAGGGACCCUGAGCACGACUCGGACGGCUGCGGAGAUUACCUCAUGAUCUCCUUGGACGAGGCGGGUAAGAUGGUGUCUGGAGACGGAGAGGAGGUGACGGUCGAGGGGGCGAUAGAUGAUCAGGAGGUGGAGAAGGAUGAGGACGGACAGGAAGUCAUUAAAGUUUACAUCUUUAAAGCAGACUCUGGAGAAGAUGACCUUGGAGAGGCGGUGGAUCUCGGUGAGAACGAGGCGGUGGUUCUGGCUGAGCCUGUGGUCCGGCCGCUGAGAGAGAAGAUGGUCUACAUGUCUGUGGGAGACGCUCAUCACACACAGACUGAUGGCGGGUCUAAGCUCUCGGAUGAGGUGUACAUGGAGGUGGUGGUUGGAGGAGAGGAGCCGGUUCCUCACGACAGACCGUAUGAUAGCACUGCCCUCAGCAAGGACUUCAUGCCUGUCGCGUGGGCCGCUGCAUACGGUGCUGAUGAGGGCUGUGAGAACCGGAACGGAGCAGCGAGUGCAUUACUGCACAUUGACGAGUCGGAUGCACUGGACAAACUCAACCGGCAACACGGCAAGAACAAGAGACGAGCUGAACCCCGACAGGUCCAAACAGCGAUCAUCAUUGGUCCGUAUGGACAGCCUCUGACCGUCUACCCCUGCAUGCUGUGCGGCAAGAAAUUCAAAUCCCGCGGCUUCCUCAAGCGCCACACUCGCAACCACCACCAGGACGUGUUGAGUCGCAAAAAGUACCAGUGCACGGACUGCGACUUCACCACCAACAAAAAAGCCAGUCUGCACAACCACAUGGAGGUGCAUGCACUCAGCAACAAAGCUCCGUUCGAAUGCGAGACCUGCGGUAAGGAGUUCCACCAGCAGGCGGCGCUGUUCUCGCACCGUCUCCAGCACCACCACCAGGAGCAGAAAUCGCCCACGGCCAUCGCGUCGCCGCUUCCUCCCACCGCCGCGAACAAGACUCACAAAUGCAAGUUUUGCGAUUAUGAGACUGCCGAGCAAGGGCUGCUCAAUCGCCACCUGCUGGCGGUGCACAGUAAGAGCUUCCCGCACAUUUGCGUGGAAUGCGGCAAGGGUUUCCGCCAUCCGUCGGAGCUAAAGAAACACAUGCGCACGCACACCGGCGAGAAGCCGUACUCGUGCAUGUACUGCGAUUACAAAUCGGCCGACUCGUCCAAUCUGAAGACGCACAUGAAGACGAAGCACAGCCGCGAACUGCCGUUUUGCUGCGAGCGCUGCGGCCAGACCUUCGGCGAGGAAGACGAGCUGACACAGCACGCAGCCACACACGAGGACGCUCGGGGACACCAGUGCAGCCACUGCGACCAUCGCAGCUCGAACUCCAGCGACCUUAAGCGGCACGUCAUUUCCGUGCACACUAAAGACUACCCGCAUAAAUGCGCUGUCUGCGAGAAAGGCUUCCACCGGCCGUCCGAGCUUAAGAAACACUCGGCAUCGCAUAAGGCCAAGAAACUGCACCAGUGCCGCCACUGCAACUUCAAGAUCGCAGACCCGUUCGUUCUCAGCCGCCAUAUCUUGUCCGUUCACACUAAGGAACAGCAGCAGCAGCCGGCGCAGUCACCGACUCCGCCCACGCAGGCAUCACCGCCGCAAGCCCCGCCCACAGAAAAGCCCGCCCCCAAGAGGACUAUAGGUGCGGCGCAGUUAGCAGCGCCCGCUGUAAAGAAAUCCAGUGGCGCGAAGGGUCCGCGAGAACGGAGGGUGUAUCAGUGUCAGUAUUGCGACUACAGCACGGGAGAUGCGUCUGGCUUCAAAAGACACGUUAUUUCCAUCCAUACUAAGGACUAUCCGCAUCGCUGUCAGUACUGUUCGAAGGGCUUCCGGAGACCUUCGGAGAAAAACCAGCACAUUAUGAGGCACCAUAAAGACAUGGUGCCGGCAGAAUGAGCUCCUCCUCUUUCUCCGCUCACUUCCGUAAACACACUAAACAGCCAGUGACUGGAAAUCACCAUCCCUCAUGUUUUAACAACCUCUGUAUUGGGCUUCUUACCAAGACCCCUCAUGCAUAGCAGUGUGUGUGUUGUGUUUGUGUGCGAGAGAAUAGGGUUUAGUGACAUAGGCUGGAAGUGCUUUCACGUUGUUUAUGAUCACAUGGUCUCCAGUCUUAAAGGAACCGUUCAGCCAAAAACAAAAAUUCUGUCGUCAUUUAUUCACCCUCGUGUCCUUUUCAAACCUGUAGGCAUUUCUUUGUUUGCAUCCAAAUCGAUUUGGUUCCCAUUGACUUCUAUUCUACUAGAACACAAAUGAAGAUAUUUUGAAUAGUGUUGGUAACCGAACAGUUUCAGUUCCCAUUGACUUCCAAUGGAAAUAACUAAACUGUUAUUCCCAUUGACGUCCAUUGUAACACAAAAAUAGAUAUUUUGAAGAAUUUGGGAAGUUAAUA